AACAAUAGCCAUCAUCCACACACAAAAAAGAAAAAAAAGCUGCCUACUGAUAUCCUGAAAUAAGGGUGCCAGGUGGCUUUUCAUUUUGCAAGCAAACAUCCUGAUUGAUUAGUUGCAUUCUCAGUCGUCGUGAAACAUAACAAUUCAUGGCAAUACUGAAAGCCGGAGAGUCGUCGGCGGCCAAGUCAAGCACCGGCGACACCAUGGAGCAGACGAUCAGCUCUCGUCCACUAGCAAACUUCUCUCCGUCUGUAUGGGGUUGCAGAUUUGCUUCGCUCUCUUCAUCUCCUACGGAAAUGGAAUUCUACCGGCGGCAGGUGGAACAGGCGAAGGCGAAGGUGGAGAAGAUGUUGGCGGCUUCUGCAGCCGACGGUCCGUUUCGAAACGUCGAGCUCAUCAACUUGCUGGAGCGGCUCGGCGUGUCGUACCAUUUUCAAACUCAGAUCGAAGACCAACUGAGGCUCAUCUUCCAACAAUCUCUCUCCGAUAUUACCGAGAGGAGAAAUGACCUCUACUCCGUUUCGCUGGUGUUUCGAGUCCUACGCCAGCAUGGAUACAGAGUUCCCUGUGAUGUGUUUGACGAAUUCAAGGACGUAAAGACAGGAGAGUUCAAGGAAUGUGUGAGGGGCGACGUGAGAGGGAUUCUGAGCCUGUAUGAGGCCUCCCACUUGAGGCUUCAUGGAGAGCCCAUUCUCGAAGAAGCCCUAGCUUUCUCGAGGCAGCAGCUGGAAGAGUACUCAUCGUCAUCAUCAUCAACUAAGCCUCAUUUGGCAGCACACAUUGAAAAUGCACUGAUUUGCCCCUUCCACAAGAGCGCCCGGAGGAUCGACUCCUGGAGAUUCAUCUCCUUCUACGCGGAUGAAGAAGAAUCGAGAGACGAAACCCUCCUCAGAUUCGCCAAGCUCGACUUCAACUUCGUGCAGCUGAUGCACCAGAACGAGCUGGCCUUCGUCUCCAGGUGGUGGAGGGACACGGGUCUUCAAGAGAAGCUUCUUUACGCGAGGGACAGAAUCGUGGAGCUGUAUUUUUGGGCCACGGGUUCUCAUUACGAGCCACACAAGGUGGUCGCGAGGAUUGCAGCCACCAAAUUUGCCAAAAUGGUGUCGCUGGUCGACGAUACUUACGAUGCCUACGGUACCCCGGAAGAGCUCCAGCUCUUCACUACUGCUUUUGAGAGGUGCGACGACGAGAGCGCGGUUGAGCAGCUUCCAGAUGACAUGCAGUUCCUUUUUAGGGCAUUCCUUAGACUUUGCGAUGAAAUGGAACAGGACAUGGAGAAAGAGGGUAGAUGCUACAGCGCACACCACGCCAAGGAUGCUUUCAAGGAGUUGGCGAGGGCAUAUGACACGGAGGCAAAAUGGCUGGCGAAUCGCUACACACCAACGGUGAAAGAGUUCAUGGCAAACGGCAUACCUUCAAGCUCUUACGGCGUGAUUUCAGCUGCGUACUUCAUUGGAAUGGGGGAAGCCAUGGGGACCGAAGAAUACGAGUGGCUGAAAACCAACCCCACCAUUGAUACAGCAACAAAGCUCCUCGGGCGGCUUCUCAAUGACAUUAUGAGUCACGAGGAUGAGCAGAAGAGAGGGCACUGUCCAUCAGCCGUCGAGUGUUACAAGAAGGAGAAUGGGGCGUCCGACGAAGAGGCCGUGGAAGCGAUCAAGAAGAUGUGCGACGAUGCCUGGAAGGACUUGAAUGAGGAGUGCAUGAGGCCGACUCCAGUUGAGAUGCCUGUGAUUCAGCACUUCCUCGAUCUCGUACGAAUCAUCACCUUCAUAUACAUCCGCAACGAUUCGUAUACGCACUCAGGGUCUCUGAAAGAUCACAUCACUUCCAUAUUGCUUGACUCGAUUCCUAUCUAGCAUGCAUGCAUCGUAAUCAAACUCAAAGGUGUGG